AUGGCGGAUAAAGUGAGUCUAGGCCUGGUGGCCUUAAAUGAGAAAUUAACAAUUUCGGUACGAAGCGACUGCGAAUGUGACUGCGAGCGGCAUAUGAAUACAACUCAGAUGAAUUCGCCGAAAUGUAGCGGUAACGGAAUAUACCAAUGCGGUAUAUGCAAAUGCAAUGAAAACAAAUACGGAGAUGAUUGCCGAUGUGAGGGAGCUUCUACGACCAGCAUAGAUUUAGACAAAUGCAAGAUGACAAGUAACGAUACAAGUUACUGUAAUGGAAAGGGAAUAUGCAGUUGCGGCAAGUGCGUGGAUUGCCAGAAAGGAUUUUCAGGAGAUUUCUGUCAAUACGAUGACAAUUCUUGCGUUAGCCCUGGUGAUAAGCUGUGUUCUGGGAUGGGUAGAUGCCGGUACGGGAAAUGCGAGUGUUUACCGAGCAGAACGGGCCCCGGUUGCGAUUGUCCUGUUGAUAAUGACAGCUGUUACGCUCCGCGCUCCAAAGAGGUUUGCUCGGGUAACGGCAAAUGCAUCUGCGGUGAAUGCUCCUGUCUGCCAAUGGGCACCACCAAUCACACCUGUUCCGGCCGCUUCUGCGACAGCUGCGAAGAAUUCGCCGAGAAACGAUGUUUAGAGCUUGAAGACUACGCCGAAUGCUAUCGCACGGCAAAUGAGAGCCACUGCAACCUUGUCUUCAAUCAGACCUCAAUCGAGAUAAAAACUUCGGACAGUCUAGAGGACGCACUCCCCGACCACCAGAUGGCGAAAUGGUGCAGAAAACAGUAUGAGAAUGGGACAACGCUCGUUUUCAAAUAUUUCUACCCUCUAUCGUCGCCUAAUACGUUGAACAUCAUCGUCCAAAAAUAUUUAGAGCAACCGCCCGAAGUCAACUUGUGGGUGGCUGUUGGCGUCCCCUUUGGUGCGCUCAUACUGAUUGGACUUAUAACAAUCAUGGUCUGGAAAAUCCUAGUAGACAUACACGACGCGAGGGAGUAUAGAAAUUUCGCAGAGAAGUCCGCCGCAGCCGGCUUUACUGUUCCAGACAUCGUGAACCCAGUUUAUCGCGCGCCCCACCUUAACGUCAUCAAUCCCACGUUCAAUAGACAGUCGCACUUACAA